AUGGCGGGCCAGUGGCGCCCUCCGUGGACGCCUAAAGCCAGAUCUCAGAGGGGACUCUGGGGCGCUUUUCCUGCUGUGCGGGCCUGGGGCCCGGGGCGCUGGAGCGGGUCCGUGGGCUGCAGGGCCAGCCGGCGUGAGCCAGGUGGGGCGGGACCCGGAGCCGGUCCUCCGGAAGAGCGGCCGCGCUCUAAUCGCCGAGGGAGUGAAGGCUUCUGGGCUCUUUGGAAACUCGGCUGUGCCGUGUGGACGUGCUUUUGUGUCCGCUGCGGGAUGUGGGAAUGUUUUCCCCGUGGGGAGCAGCCCUGGAGAAAAGGCCCAGUGCGGCCAGCUGAAAGCUGCCUGGUGGGGUGUGGUCUCUGUGAGCUGCUCUGGGAACGUCGUCCCUGGUCCCGGCAGAGAAAGGCUCCAGGGGCCUGCCCCCUGCUUUGGUGGAGUUCUGCGGUGUGGAGUGCGGCAGCUUCUGCCAAGUCGCUCCGCUGCUGCUGGCGCGGGCUCCCGCUGUGGUUUCUCAGCUUGGCUGGUCUCCUGACGACUGAGUUUGGGGGACACGCGCUUGUUUGCCCCGCCAGCAAGAUGGAGACGCUGUCGUCACGGCUGGACCCGCGCCUCCUGGGCACAGACGCUCCCAGCCGGUGGGGAGCCCCCACCCCAGGCCUGGACUUCGAGUUCUCCCAGGCCUGGACCUCGAGUUCCCCCAGGCCUGGACCUCGAGUUCCCCCAGGCCUGGACCUCGAGUUCCCCCAGGCCUGGACCUCGAGCCCCCCCCCCCAGGCCUGGACCUCGAGCCCCCCCAGGCCUGGACCUUGAGCCCCCACCCCAGGCCUGGA